AAAUUAUGAAUGGACUCGCCCAAAUCAGACGUCAGCAGUAAACAGCACUCGGCGUAGCACGAUUAAUUUGUAGACAGUAUUUCGAUGAACUGUCGAUAUUUUUAUGACACAGGAUGAGGAAGGGUGACGUUCGUCUCGCCGUGGGGAUUACGGUGGUCGGGAUAACUUCUUUGAUUUUGUCUUUUGCAUCUCUAGCAGAGAAGGAUCAAUCAGAGUCGCUAUGGUCUCCAGGGGAUGCUUUCUUGGAGGCUGGUCCAUGGGAAACCAAGGUUGGUGCUCGGAAAUUGAACUCCCUUGUCAACUGUACUCCACGAGCCAUCAAACAAUUUCCGCGAGACCUCUUCACGCAGAAACAGAGGGCAGAUGGCGCUGUUCUCUUCCACAUCUUGGUGUCAGCGUACAUGUUUGCAGCAUUUGCAUACAUAUGUGAAGACUACUUUGUUCCAUCUCUGGAAAUUAUGAGUGAUGCUUUUCACAUCCAGCCAGAUGUUGCGGGAGCCACGUUAAUGGCAGCAGGAAGUUCCGCGCCAGAGUUAGCCACAGCUGUCAUCGCAGUGUUCAUAGCAGAGGAUGACAUUGGGUUAGGAGCAGUGGUUGGCUCAGCUGUGUAUAACGUGAUGUUUGUCAUCAGUGUCUGUGCUCUGGGUGCUGGCAUGGUUGUGAACCUUCACUGGUGGCCGUUGUUCCGAGACUGUGCGUUCUACGCGCUGAGUGUGGGAGCUCUGGCCGUGGUCAUCCUUGACGAGAAUGUGUAUUGGUAUGAAGCUCUAGGCCUGCUCUUGCUAUAUCUGGGUUACAUAGUCCUGAUGUACUUUAACUCUAACCUAGAGCAGUGGAUUGUCCCAAAGUUCAAACACUGCUGUAAACCGCACCACAGGCCCAACAAACGUGACCCAGAGACAGUGGUUCUAUAUGAGAAGCUGAGGACCUCAGGGGACCUCAAUGGGAAGGUGUCCAAGAUAGAGAAUGGAGGGGAUAAAUUUGACAGAGUACAGAUUUCGUCCCCGGACUCUGAUUACAACUCGGACGAUGAUUCCACUGAGAACGAGGCAAUGUACAAGGAGACAGGCCCGCCCUCAAUGGAGGAGCCCCAUUCUGUGUUUGAGAUGCCGUCCAGUGCUGUAGGACGCUGUGUAUUCGUGGUGUCUAUUCCCAUCAAGGUCCUCCUGUACCUGACGGUGCCCGACUGUCGCCGCGCGCGGUGGAGAAAGUGGGUCAUCGUGACCUUUAUCCUGUCCCUAGUCUGGCUCUCUCUCUUCUCCUACCUCAUGGUGUGGAUGAUCACCAUUAUAGGCUACACAUUACAUAUACCCGACACAAUAAUGGCCCUGACCUUUGUUGCCUUUGGGGUCAGUCUACCAGAUGUGAUAUCCAGUCUCAUAGUCGUCAGAGAAGGUCUCGGUGAUAUGGCGGUGUCCAAUGCAGUGGGGAGCAAUGUGUUUGACAUCCUGAUCUGUCUGGGCCUUCCCUGGCUCCUCAAGUGUGGCCUCGGGGGCUUCAAAGUACCUGUACAGGUGUACAGUGAAGGUCUUUUGUAUUCCACUCUAACGUUGUUGUUGACCGUCGUCUUUUUGCUCGCCUCCACCCACGUGAACGGAUGGAGACUGACCAAGCGUUACGGCAUCGCCCUGAUGAUUGUUUACGUCAUUUUUAACGUUCUCGCGUCCCUAUAUGAGCUCAAUGUGUUUGGUUACGUGCAUCCAAAUGAAUGUCCCAGAAGCGAUUAACGAAAAAAAUGUUAUAUUUUAAUGUGAAGUUUUCUUUCUUUCUCAAAACAGAAAAUCAAGACAAGUUACUGUGAUCUGAAUUGUUUACACAUAUUUACCUUUUUUUUUUUUAAAUGAGAGUUACUGUAGCUUUAUAUAUCCUAGUUUACAUACGAAAACAUACCAAUGAUUUAUUUUUGAAAUUGUUUAAGAGAGGUGAUUUUAGAUUUAUGUGGAGUUUUUGUUUUUGUUUUUGACUUACCAAAAGUUAUAUUUUUAAAUCAAGGGUCAUCUGAUGUAUAUUUAUAUUUUGAUGUGUUUUAUAUAUAUGAAAUCUCGACUAUUUUGGUCCAAAAUAUAUAUUAUAUUUUUAUAUUACUUUGUUCAAGUUAUAUUAAAGUUAUUUGCAAUACUGAAAAAUAUGCUGGGGAAGCAAAAAAUUUGUACAUAUUUUUCUGUAAAGAUAUUCCAGUUUAUGAUGAAAGAGGGGACCAACAGUGGGGUGUCUAUGAUUUGCCCCAAAAACUUAAACUCAAUAUAGAAACAUUUAGAAAUCAUUAGAGCUUUUGAAUUAUACAAAACGAAAUUUGUUGCUGUGUGAAGUGUGUCUCCAUAAUAAAUAUUGGGGUAUAUGUUUUAAAUCCUUGACUCAUAGAAAAGUCCAUAAUUUAUAUAUUUUUUCUGACUGAACUCUGUUCUAAGACCAUACAGCAAUUUUUGACUUCCAGCAAAAUUCUUAUAAUUCAUAAUUCAUCAAAAUUAAUAUUUGCCAUGUUUGUGCUUGGAAUUUGUAAUAAGUAACAUUUCUUAAAGACAAUUUUUACUGAAAUUUCAAUCUUAAAUAUGAUUCGGUGAUAAAAUCUUCAAUAAUUUUUUCCAUAAGUUUACAGCUGCAUGCUUUGUAAGCCAUCUAGGGGCCUGGUGUAAUUUCAUCAAAGUUUAUUUUUGUGAAUAAAGUUUUCAGAAUCGAUUCCUCAUGUAUGUCCCUGUGAUUAAAGAUCAGGGACAUUUCUAUGUUAUGCAACUCUAUUCUUGAGCAGUAAUGUCAAGGUCAGAAGUUAAUGUUAGUGAGGGGUCAAGGUCAAUGAUAGAAUUCAAAUUUGUGUUCCAUGGGACUUGAUCACUGUGGAGAAAUGUGGUUUUACCAAUGCAUCUUGUUUUUGUUUUUCAAUUUUGUAAAAUGUCCAAUUUCAGAGGGUUUUGUUGUUGUUGAUUUUUUUUCUUUAUCAUUUCAUUAUUUAUGUAAUGUUUUAUUGAGUUGUUGAUAUCUAUGGUAAAAAAUGUUGAAUAUAUAUCUAUAUAUGAUAUAUUUUUGAUUAUGAUAUAAUAACUGUUAUGUAUGGCACAAUUAAAUGAUGCGUGAAUACUGUGAUCACUUGAAAGAUAUUUUAAACGAAAAUAUUUUUUCAUUUACAUAUUGCAUGUCAUAUAAAAUAUUUGUGUUCAUUUUGCCUUUACAUGUAUUGUUAUAUUUUCCAAUUUUUUCUGGAAAAAAGUAAAUCCCACUUAUAUGUUAAGUAAUAUAUAAAACUAAGUUGCAAAAUUGUAUUGGCUGGAUAUGAUAUUUUUUCUUUCCAAAGGAAAAAAGUUAUGGAUUCGGAAAUAUGUUUUUUUUCCCUUCAAAAUAUACAUGUAGACACCUACAUGUAAAUGUGAUACACAUCUGAUGAAAUAGAAAUUGUCAA